AAAGAAAAGAAAGAAACUAAUUUCAAGAGACAAGACAAUGGCAAGCUUCACCCUAGUCACAUCCCUCCCUAAGUUUGGCCAUGCAGGAGCAAGAAUUGCUAGGUCUCGUGCCUGGAAUCCUAGGGUUUUCGCAGCUGCUACCCCUAGACCUAUCCAAGUUCCUAGAGAAGGCCCAGCAACUGCUGAAGGCACCACACAAGGAGCUAGUGAAACAGUCAUUAACAGUUUGAACGAAGCUCAAGACAAGGCUUACUCCACAGCGGAACAUGUGGCUAACAAGAAAAACGAGAUGGCUAACAAGACAAAUAAGAUGGCUGGUCAGAUGUCAGCAAGUGCUCAAAACAUGGCUGAUAAAGCAAAGCAGACAAUGCAAGAGGCAUGGGAAUCCACUAAGAACACAGCCAAUAGAGCUGCAGACAAUGUCGUAGGAAAGACUAAAGAAUCAGCUGAAUACGUCAAAGAUAAUGCAGAGACAGUGAAGCAGAACAUGAACUCAAAGAACUGAUUUAAGCACCACUUAAUCAUAUUUGCCACCUCCAUCAUAUUUCAUGGGUACCCAUUUAGGCACCUUAAUUUUUUUUAUAUACUAAUAUCAUUUUGUUAUGCAUGACAUCAAAUAUGGAGAAGAUCGAUAUGUCUCUCUUCCCAUGUGCCAUUGAUUUGCAACAAAAACUCAUUUUGUUUCAAUUAUAUCAAUAAAUAUUUAAGCAUUUCAUUCU